AUGGAGAUAUGCAGACUCGCCCUUAUCUUCCUGUUUCUUUCUUCACUGCUCAUCCUUGUAUCAUCCUUCCGGCACAGUUCGAGAGCCAACACCAAGAAGAGGUGGCCACCGGGGCCAUGGGCCAUCCCCUUCGUCGGCAGCAUCCAUCACAUGGUGACCUCGCAGCCACAGGCCGCUCUCCGGGACCUCGCCGAGAAGCACGGGCCGGUGAUGUACCUGCGGCUGGGACAGAACGACACUGUCGUGGUCUCCUCGCGGGCCGCAGCGCAGCAGGUUCUCCAAAGCAACGACGUCAACUUCGCGUCGCGCCAGGCCCUGAUCGCCGCGGAGAUCAUCGGCUAUGGCACCCUCGACUUUGCCUUCUCGCCCUACGGCGACUACUGGCUACACUGCACAAGGAUGGUGAUCAUGGAGACACUGCGGCUUCACCCAAUUCUACCCCUCCUCGUACCACAUCUAUGCCGGAAGACCUGUGACAUCGGUGGGUAUGAGGUCAGCAAAGGUUCUAUGGUGGGAAUCAAUGCAUGGGCAACGGCAAGGAACCCAAAGUAUUGGGACAAUCCUGAGGAGUUUAGGCCAACAAGAUUCGAGAACACUACCUGUGACUACAAAGGUUCAGAAUUUCAUUACUUGCCAUUCGGUAGUGGGAGAAGGAUGUGUCCCGUCUUGAGCUUCGGGGUGGCCGUACUGGAGCUCAUCGUGGCACGGCUCCUCUACUACUUCGAUUGGAGCCUACCAGGCAAAAUGCUUCCGGAGGAGCUCGACAUGGACAUAACAGUUGGUGCAACAGCCAAGCGGCGCAACCAACUACACCUUGUGGCGACGCCUUAUGAUGUUCCAAUUCCAUUUGAAAAUUGA